GAAACAGUCAGUCUAUAAUCACUCUCUAUAUAUACACCAUCACCUCAAAACUAAUGCCAUAACAAUUUCCAAAUACAACAAUGGCGUCUACUCUCCUCCGAUCACCAAUGGCGCCACCAACUGACCUCAACAACCGAUCUGGGAUUUUUAGUUCUUGGUGUAAACUGGGUUCAGCAAGUACACAUAGUUCGACAUUAUUCGCUAAGAACUACAGAUUAACGUGUGCAAGGGACUGCAACAUGACUGUGAAGACUUCAGCAGUAACCGAUAUGAAGCCCGGACACUUAGAAGACACAUGUUUGAUUGAAGAGGUAGUUGACAAGGAUCCUAAUGUAUCAACCAUACUCAUGAACUUUGGGAAUGAGUUUGAUCCUUAUGGUGCAAUGAGCACACCUCUAUAUCAAACAGCUACCUUCAAGCAGCCUUCGGCGACUCAGUAUGGUCCCUACGAUUACACUCGGGGUGGCAAUCCUACACGUGACGUGCUUGAAACUCUCAUGGCAAACCUUGAUAAAGCGGAUCGCGCUUUAUGCUUUUCAAGCGGAAUGGCUGCGUUAUCAGCUGUUACUCAUCUUGUCAACCCUGGUGAAGAGAUUGUUGCCGGAGAAGAUAUAUAUGGCGGUUCAGACCGAUUACUGUCACAAGUCAUUCCAAAGAGAGGAAUUGUGGUUAAGCGAGUGGAUACAACCAACUUAGACAUGGUUGCGUCUGCUAUUGGGCCCGAAACAAAGCUCGUGUGGUUAGAGUCUCCAACCAAUCCGCAACAACAAAUUUCUGAUAUUCGUAAAAUAGCGAAGAUCGCUCAUGACAAUGGUGCUCUCUUGAUGGUGGAUAAUAGCCUUAUGUCUUCGGUAUUGUGUCAACCGUUGGAACUUGGAGCAGACUUUGUAAUGAACGCGGCUACGAAAUUUGUUGCUGGCCACAGUGAUGUCAUGGCGGGAGUGCUUUCUGUUAGAGGAGACAGGUUGGGGGAAGAAUUGUACUUCUUGCAAAAUUCAGAAGGUGCCGGGCUUGCACCUUUCGAUUGUUGGCUUUGUUUACGUGGAGUCAAAACAAUGGCAUUACGCGUCGAGAGACAACAGGAGAAUACACAAAAGAUAGCAGAAUUUCUAGCUUCUCAUCCCUUGGUGACAAAGGUCAACUAUGCUGGUCUUCCUAACCAUCCAGGUCACAAUUUACACUACUCUCAGGCAAAGGGUGCAGGAUCAGUCUUGAGUUUUGAGACGGGGUCUUUGGCUCUAUCUAAGCACGUAGUAGAAAAUACUAAGUACUUCGGCAUAACUGUUAGUUUUGGAACCGUAAAAUCACUCAUAUCAUUGCCGAGUUUCAUGUCACAUUCAGUCAUACCAGCAGAGGUGCGUAAGGCGAGGGGUCUAACCGAAGAUUUGAUACGUAUAUCUGUUGGGAUUGAAGAUGUGGAUGAUCUGAUUGCUGAUUUGGAUCAUGCACUCAAAACCGGGCCCGUUUAGGACUUUUGGGUGCGAGCUGAGUUUGAUUAGGUUUGCAAGUUUAGAAGUUGGCUAGUUUAACGAGUUAUAUCAUAAUAAAACAAAAUUGCAAUGAACCUUUGUCCUCAUAUGUUUCUUAAAAAGGUUGUAAAACUUGUGUUCUUGUUGAAGAUGAUGAGGGUAUUGUAUUUGUCACUUUAAAGU